AUGUUUUGCUCGCCAUCGCCUUGUGAAAAAUAUUGCAGACACAAAGCCAAGAGCUCCUGCACACAGAAUGAAAACAAGGACACCUCUCUUCCUAGCGGGUCCUCCUUGGCUCACACGACCAUCAUCUUCACCGCUGUAAUCCCUCCUCCUCUGUUCACGAUAGAGCUCUCUGCCGACAACUGUUUGAGAUCCGGGCUCUCCUGUUUCCCACUGGAUGGGGCUAAUGGACCUCUUACGGCCUCUCUUUUUUCCCUCGCCACCUCCUCUCUACUCCUCCUAUCUCCCUCCUCAUCGUUACGCCUCGCGCCACCGCUCUGCCAGCGUAGGUGGCCGCGGUGGGCAGCAGAGGAAGAGAGAGAACCGCUGAUGAGAUGGUCUGUUUCUCCAAGUCUGUCUCUAGCAGGGGAUUUCCUCAGCUCAUCUUGUGGACACCCAUUCCUCAGAUGUUUGAGGUAGUUUUCCCGCUCAAUGUCGCAACCUCUGCCGCUGUUGAAGGC